AACAAAAUUUCAAAUUUGACAGUUGAUUUUUUUUAAUUUUCCACACAAAAUAAAUUCAGUUAAAUCGUUAUUUUGAAAGGUCAAUAUAUGUUUGUUCUUCAAUAUGCCGUAUUAAAAUGGAUUUGAAGCCCAUUGGAGAUGGUUGGUCCUUUAACACUCUAGAGCGGGCUACAGCGGUUGGUCAGAGCACAUAUUCCAGGGCUUUGAACAGGAAAGUUGAAUGGCCGAAACCUCUGCCAGUGCAAAAUGCAGAAAAGGAUGAACGCCAUAUGCAUACCAGCUUGGAUGAGGCAUUUGGAAAUAUGUUACACUACAUGGCCAUGGCAUCAGAACAGUGCAAGAAUUUUCACAAGUGCAACCCACCCCGAGAACAGCAAGAGACCGCCCAGAUACACUGUAACAGAUUCCACACCGGCCGCUACCCCAUAACAUAUAAGGCACAUAGGAUCCAAGGGAGGGAACCUAAUAAGAGGAGUUUCCAAACAUCUAUGUGUAAAAGUUUUCUCCCUUAGACCAUUACCAAAGAUAUUUGUUCAUUAAAAGUGCAAUAUAUAAAUCGCUAGACAUUGACACAAUAUAUAUUAAAAUGUGUGAUAAGGUGGUGACUAAGCAGUAAGCUAGGCUGGGAUGUCUAUUCUCAAAUAAUAUUGAUUAUAACUGAUAAAGAGCUUUUCUCUGUCUGAUUAAAACCACAGUGUGUUCAUUUAUUAUUUACAAUUCUUUUAAUUCUUAUUCAUUCAUAUUUUCAUCCUAACAUAGGUUUUUAGCUCAAGAGGAAUGGAAAGGUGUUGCACCCUGUCCUUUUUUGGUAACAUCCUUCUGCCCUUAUGGAGACCAUGAUGUGCACCCUCCUGCCUUCUUUCUUUUGAUUACAACUUAAUAUAUUAUUCAUACAAAUUUCACAUAUAUUGCAGUUGAAACCUAUUAUUUCUUCAUUUAAGCACAAUUCCAGAACAAAUUGUGAUAUUUAAUAAUUUCCUAAUUAUUCUUUGCCCAACUCAAUGUCCUGUUUUAUCCCUAAACACCCUGUCCUUAUUCUUUAGCACUCUGCCUUUUUGACAACCUGGCUAAAACCCUUCUUCACAUAUGUGUGAUUAUUUUUCCCUGCAAUUCUUUUGAUUCUUAUUGAUUCAUAACUUACUCUAUAAAAAUCUGUCCGAUUAUUUAACCUCAAUUUUUGCAAUUAUUUUGUGUGUCUCUUCUAUGAUUGUAUGGAAUACAUUGUAAAUAUUUCUGUUCUUUUAAAGUAUCUCAGGCGAUCUUAAUGGGGGAAUCGGCCAUACUGUUAUUUUUUUUAUGAAUGGCGACCUUGGUAUCAUUUGAUGAAUUGAGAUGGUAUAUAUAUGUUAUGUUGUAGCUUGUUGAUUAUUAAUAUGUAAAACAAGUAUCUGGAAAUACAUUAUUUAUUUGAUAAAUUAUCACAGUUUUUAUUUUAUUUUUUUAAACAGACCUGAAUUUGGCUUAUUUUUUAGGCCCUUAAAAAGUAAAUUUUAACACUAUUUUCAUUGUGUUACCUUUACCAACUAUUUAUUUAGUAAUAUCUACAUUUUUUUCAAAUGAUACCAACUUUAAAUUUGGUCACCUACUGUGAAAUUAAAUAAUUGAUGGCUGAAUUAAGUUCCUAUCCAUGAUGAUUACUUCCUUAUCAUCUCUGAAUGAUUUGUAGCCUACAUGUGUUCAUAUAUAUCCUGGUGCUUUUUUAAACAUUGUUUUUUUUAUAUAUUUUCAAUACAACAUUUAACAAGAAAUAAAGAAAUUAAAUGUU